GCGGGUGAUGAGGGGUGUCGGCUAGAACCCCGUGUAGUUGUGUCGUGGAGGAGGAGGAGGAGGAGGAAGAGGUGGAGGAGACGGGGGAGAAGUAGCGACUACAGUGAGGGCGAGUACGGCAUAAAGAUGCCGUUAUCCCGGAGAGCAGCCUCAUUAUGGCCGCUGCUGCUGAUUCUAAUCAUCGCGGGAGGCGCCCGAGCCUUCAGCUCCCGUACACCAGAAUGCACAUUUCCAUCUCGAUGGGAAGGCACAUGGUUUCAAAGUGGAGUUCGCCAAUCGAUAGUCAUAUCGAAAAACAUCCUCUCCAGCAAGGGAAACUGCCUCCACAAUGAGGGCGAUAAGUUUCUUCUAGUAGACGAGAAAUCUUGCUAUCGCUGUGUUGUCAUUCACGAGAAACACUCGAACGUCCUGCAGUACAAAGAAACUUAUUGUCAAAGGCGAGAUAGCUUAUCGUCAUUGUGCUCUUACAUAACCGGGGAUGCGUUGCUGUUCUCCAUGUUCCGCGAGGAAGCGACCUCGGUUCCUUGUCCCUUCCAUGGACCCAUGACAUUCACGUAUAAUCGAGGCCACGGUAGGUGCUCGAGUCCACAGAGCAACGUAGACACUUGCACGGACGAGAGCCGAUUGUUGUUCAGGUAUCAGGCUUGUCCCGAUGUGCCAGGAUCCGAAAGCACAGUGGAGGAGCUCGAGUGCCUGGCAACCUGGAAAGAGGGCAGCAAUCGGUACCUCGUCGGCCGACUCCAUAAUGGCCAUUCGCUCAGCAACGAAGAUCGCUAUCGUUGCUUCGUUUAUGAACGUGGCGGCCAAAACGUCGCCGGACUGAAUCGCGCGGCCGCGGCUGCACUCGGCAUCGCCAGCAUCCUGGACCACGAGAUCGCGUCAGCGGCCGCAGGGCCGAUACCCGAGGGCAGCCCCGAGAUUUACAAAGUCGCGCAGAGCGGCGACGCCACCUGCAAUGGACUCUUCAGCCCGCUCGAGGGCUCGAGGACGAUGACACUGACUAAAGCUUCAUCUCCGGGAAAAUGCUGGUUCCCAACGUGGCUAACCGGGAAAACCAGCCUUACCUGGCAUACCCUCGAUCUCACGCGUUCCUACACUUUUCACAUGAGCAAUGCAUCCCUUCAUACAGCCAGAUCAAAUGGGAGCGCCAGGAGCUCCGAAACUCCGGAUUUCCUGAAUCUUCUUGGUCAGGACGAGCACAACGUCAAAAUACUCUGCAAUAGCGUGAAAGUAGCCGAUGUUGAACAAAAUGUUUUCAUGAUUGUGGCUCAUUUCACUGUGGGAUGUCAAAGUGGCUACAUGUGCAUGGCCUUCUAUAAGAGGGACGGCCACGUUGUCGAGCUCCAGACCGGAAGUACCGUCUCCAGGGCGGAGGAGGCAUGCAGUCCGCCACACUACCAGCAGCACAGUAUACCCUACGUCACCCUAGUCACGAGUUCGCCAGAGCCCCGGCAAUGCCCGUACCUCGGGAAAUUCACAGUGACCGGUUUGAAUGGGCACUCCCAGAGCAAGAGUCCAGCCUCCUCGUCCCGCGGCAAGGGAUAUAAAAGCGAGAGAGUGAGACAUGGCCAGGAGAGGAAGCUGGAAUUCGACAUCCAGAAGCGGCGAGGCAACAAUCAGUAUCUCAUACACGAGCAGUCCCAGAGGAGGGUGAGGUCUGGCGUCCAACAACAGCGGCAGCUGGUCGAUAGCCAAGAUCCCGAGGAGACGGUAGAGGAGCUGCUGAUGAAGAAGAAGCUGUCGGCUAGAAGGACAGGACAUCCAUUGAUAAGAGGCGACAACCAGUCGUUGUUCGAUAGAAAGUACCGAACGAGACGCGAACCAAAAUUGGAGGACUUCCAAGCGGAUAUGGACGACUUUGCACAAAUGCAUCGGAGCUGGGGUCCUCGGAGAGUCACGGAUGACUCGCAGGAUCGUAAUAUCGAGGAGGUCGCCGAGGACAACUACUUCGCCGAUUACAUGGAGGAGGUCGCCGAACCUCUGAAAACGCGCGUCUACCCGAGAUUUCUCAGCUAUGCCGACCUGUUAAGACUCAAAAGGGAUGCGGAGAGGGAGGAACGGGAGGAGCUGGACCACAGAAGGAAACGCGAGGAGAGCGAGGAAGAACGACCGAGGUGCAACUCCGACAUAACGACUUUGACCGUGGGUUGCUCGACCGCUGAUAGGAUGGAGUUUCAAAGCGACUGCGUUGACGAAGACUUCGUCACAGCAUACUCGUGUCACGGACGCUGGUUCGACGCCGAGGGCACGCAGUUCGUGAUAGCGACGCCGCUGGCGCGACGCAACCCCGCUUCCUGGAACGGCCCCGACGGCUCGAGGGCCCAGCCCUAUAGGAACAGCCGGAGGCUCUGCUUUAUGUACCGGGAGAACGGUGGGGUCGUCAGCCUGACGGCCAGUCCCGUCGCCUGUCAAAGGGGUAUACCUCCGCCACCGCCCCUCCUCGCCUUCAACGCCACUAGCAUCGGUCAAUGUAUGGACGGCGCCAGUAGCUUGAGAAAUCAAUCGAUUCACCUAAUCCUGUCAGCGUUGAUCCUGUUCCUCGCCGCAUUCAGGUGAUUCUAAAUACCAAAGUCGUUAAGAAUAACGCCCGAUACCUCGAACAAGCAAUCAAUCAGCAGAGUAGGUGCGCUUGAGCUCUUCAACUCUGCUUGUCUUCGUCAGGUGAGGAUGGGAUGAGUGAGGAGAGAUGAUAAUCAGAGAAAUUGUAUCUCGCGAGCCAAUGCGUCAUGUAUGCAGAUACGCAUACGCAGAGAAGAAGAUUUUUUUAACGCAUUUGCGCGGACGAUCCUAUUAAGCCUGC